GAGCAAUAUCGCCGUUUUAGACCCCACACCAAGUGGGGGCGGUAAUGCACCUUUGUUUUUAAGAAGAGAAGAAGAACUUCUUCCUGCGGCGCGAAAUCAACAAUAAGAGGACAGCAACUUGGUUAAAGAACAAUGGAUCUGAGUCCCUUUGAGGCAGACAACUCUGUAAGUUGUCGACUAAGCUCCCAGAUCCCAGAUGUUUGCAAGACUGAGGACUGCUGCCUGGGCAUUGAUGAGGCGGGCAGGGGCCCUGUUCUCGGACCAAUGGUGUACGGGAUAUGUUUCUGUCCAGUGUCCAAAAAGGAAGACCUUAAGAACUUAAAAGUAGCCGAUUCAAAGACCCUAUCAGAAGACGAAAGAGAAAACCUAUUUCAGAAACUGGAUGAAUCUAGCAGUUACGUGGGCUGGGCGUUACAGAUUCUGUCUCCUAACACCAUCUCUACAAGCAUGUUACAAAGGACAAAAUACAACCUGAAUGCUCUUUCACAUGAUACAGCGAUCGGUCUGGUUCAGUAUGCCUUAGACAGUGGAGUACAACUCAAGGAGGUUUACGUCGACACUGUUGGCCCAGCAGAGAAAUAUGAAGAGAAACUCUCCCAGAGAUUCCCAGGUAUCACUGUGACCGUGAGGCCAAAAGCUGACUCCCUCUUUCCUAUUGUCAGUGCAGCGAGUAUCUGUGCCAAGGUUGCAAGAGAUCGUGUUGUAAAAGGUUGGAAGUUCACCGAGGACCUGGGAGAAGUUGACACAGAUUAUGGCUCAGGAUACCCAAAUGAUCCCAAGACUAAAGCGUGGCUGCUAAAGUACCUGGACCCAGUGUUUGGUUAUCCUCAAUUUGUCCGAUUCAGCUGGAGCACUGCCCAAACGCUGAUGGACAGCAAGGCCGUGAGCAUUAACUGGGAUGAUGAGGAGGAGGACGGAGAGAAGAGUGCACGGAAGCAGAAAAACAAAUCCAUGUUGUCAUACUUCAGUGCUGCAAAUGGAAGUGAUGACCAAAACCACCAGACACAUCGGUUCUUCACUGACCGGAAGCUGAAAAGCCCUUGCACGCUUUAAAAACCUUAGAAGACGGUGUCAGUGAUCUUCAUAUUUAUAUUGUACUGAAACAACAAAGCGUCCCAUGUUUAUUCAAAUAAAAUAAAACAUAGUUUGUCUAUAGAUGCCUUGCAUUUGGUUGGUAUUUUACACUAGUUUCAGCAUAACAAAAAACUAAAAAAUAUACAUUUUGGCACA